GACGAGGCCCGCGCGGAGCGCGAGCGUGCCGAUGUGCUCGCCGCGGAGCUGGAGGAGCAGGGGCAGCGGGCGGACGCGCUGGAAGAGAGGACAUUCAGAUCUGCGCCGCCUUCGCCGACCACGCGGCCCAGGUGCGCGCCAUCGCCGCCGAGCAGGAGGGGCUGUACGAGCGCUCUCGGAGGAGGUCCUCCGAGCGGCGGCGGGAGCGGCGCAGGCUCCGCGAGUGCGGCGAGGCGGAGCGGCGGCGGCAUGCGGCGCUGCGGGCGCGGCUGCUCGUGCGCGAGGCGUCGCUGAGCGCCGUGGCGGCUGUGGCGUGGCAGGACGGGCACCGCGCCGCGCUGGCCGAGGCCGCGGAGGCGGCGCGCGACAUCCAGGCGCUCCGGGCGCGGGCGGCCGACGCCGAGGCGAGGGCCCGGGACGCGGAGACUGGCCUGAUCGGCUGGCGCCUGGAGAGCGUGCACGCUGCGAAGGUGGAGGCCGAGAACCACCGGCGGAGCCUCCAGGAGACGCUGGAGUCCCGCGCGUUGCUGGCGGACGCCCGCACCGAGGCCGCCGAGGCCGAGGCGGCGGCCUGGCGGCGCAGGGCCGAGGCGGCCGAGGCCGCACGGGCAGGAGACGCGAGGUCGCCGCGCUCAGCGCGCAGAGGAACCAGCUGCGCGACGUCGCGCUGCAGCUGGCUGGCCGGGCGAGGGCGGAGGCCGAGUCCGCAUCCCCUCCGCGGCGCUCGUCGGCGCCGCUCGCGGCGGGCGCCCGCGCGGCGGCGCCGAACUGAACGCGAGGGAAGCGGACCCGCGCCGCCACCCCCUCUCUGCCGCCCCCCUCCCUCCGCUUCCCUUCCGUCCCCCCGG